UGGUCACUGCACUGCCAGCAUCGUGUGUUGAAAGGAAAAUAAAAAAAAUAGGAAUGAUUAGAUGUGAAUCCCCGCGAACGCAUAAAUAUCUUUGGAAAAGUGAAUAAAACGAUUUGAUUAUUCUUACGAAAUUUGUUUGAACCUGUUCCUGUCAGAACGAAGAAUUCUCUUCAAGGGAUGGUUUACCAGAAAUAAAGUAAAUAAAGUAGCCGUUUUCAUCGGACGAGGUGGCCGAGUGGUUAAGGCGUUGGACUGCUAAUCCAAUGUGCUCUGCACGCGUGGGUUCGAAUCCCAUCCUCGUCGAUUUCGCUUUUUGUUACUUUGCAAAAAUUUCUAAUUUAUUAACUAUGUGUUAGUGGAGAAAGUUGAUAAAAAAAUUGAUGGCUCUUUAAUAUUGAAGACACAAGAGUCAUUGAACUUAAAAACAAGUAUCCUUAAGAAAAACAAACAAGCAUACAAUGGUUUUGGAUGCAAAAUAUGUGAAAAAUUUUAAUAUUGACGAAACGAUAAUAUGAAUUUAUAUAUAAAAUUUAUUUAUUUGGUUUUAUUUGGUAUUACUUCUUUGAAUAGAGUUAUGAUCGUUAAUGAUUUCUUGAUGUUGCACAAUCAAUUAUAGCAAAUGAAUUUUAUUAGAUGUAAUAAAAUGUUCAUGACAUUAUAAACACAUUUUCGAAUGAUGAUACUAUAUCAGAAAUGGUGCUUAAUAAUAAUGUUCUGUUUUAUCGACGUUACUUCUAAGAUUAGUCAUAACGCUAUGUGAUGUGAACACUUUUGUAUUCAUCGUACGAAGAUAGUUAUUUUAAUAUGGAUAAUGCAAAAAUGUCGUAUAACAGAGGAAGCAUCGGAGAGCAAACACCGUUGUUGAGGAGAAAUUCUGUGACUUCUGGAUUCAAUUUAAGGCAGCUUCUUCUACGAAGGAUACCAAUCUUGGCAUGGAUACCUCAAUAUAGUUCGUCCAAACUUCUACAAGACAUCUUGGCAGGAUUGACUGUUGGUUUGACUGCUAUACCACAGGGUAUAGCUUAUGCAAUUGUAGCAGGACUUCCAGCUCAGUACGGCCUGUACAGCAGUUUCAUGGGAUGCUUCGUCUACUUGGUGUUCGGUAGCUGCAAAGAUAUCACCGUGGGACCUACGGCAAUAAUGGCUUUACUGUCGCAACAGCACGUUAUAAGACUCGGAGAAGAUAUCGCGGUACUUUUGUGCUUCCUGACUGGCUGCGUGAUAUUCCUUAUGGGGCUGCUCCACUUGGGAUUUCUCGUAGAGUUUGUUAGCAUGCCAGUGAUAUCUGGAUUCACUAAUGCCGCUGCCAUAAUAAUUGGAACGUCUCAGUUGGGCACUUUGCUCGGUUUAAGUGGCAGAAGCGAUUCGUUCAUCGAUGCGAUUGCUAAAGUUGUCAAUCAUUUUGAUAAAAUUACCUUUUGGGACCCCUUGUUGGGAUUCUGUUCCAUGAUCCUGCUCGUCUGUCUUAAAAAACUACCUGGAAAGAAAACGGGUACAGUGAGUGAAAAAUUCAUGUGGGUCACAUCGCUGGCCAGGAACGCUGUGGUCGUCAUCUUUGGAAUAAUACUAAAUUAUUCGUUAUUCUCUUAUGGGAUUAAAAUCUUUAAAAGUACUGGAAACAUAACGGAAGGUCUACCGCCCUUUGGACCACCACCAUUUUCCCUUGUAAAGGGAAACCAUACGUAUAAUUUCGAGGAAUUAAUCGGUGAACUCGGAAGCACCGUGAUUUCAGUCCCGUUAAUUGCAAUUUUGGAAAGCAUUGCUAUCGCCAAAGCCUUUGCCAAAGGGAAAACCGUUGACGCUAAUCAAGAGAUGCUAGCUUUGGGACUUUGUAACAUUUUUGGGAGCUUUUCCCGAUCAAUGCCAACCACAGGAAGCUUCACAAGGACCGCUGUAAACAACGCCUCGGGCGUAAAAACACCAAUGGGCGGCGUAAUCACCGGAUGCCUGGUGCUUUUAGCGUACGGCCUUCUGACUUCCACUUUCGAAUUCAUCCCUAAAGCAACGCUGGCCGCGGUGAUCAUAGUUGCCAUGUACUACAUGCUCGAGCUUCGUGUUUUCCUCGUGCUCUGGAGGACGAAAAAGAUCGACUUGAUACCCCUGGCGGUGACUUUGUCGAGCUGCUUGGCAAUUGGUCCGGAAUACGGGAUGAUCGCCGGGAUCGCGGCAAAUCUAAUUCUCCUGCUCUAUUUCGCGGCCAGGCCUGGGUUAUUGAUCGAGGAGCGUGUUGUCGAUGGGCUGACGAUCCUGUUUGUAUCGCCGAAACAAUCACUGAGCUAUCCAGCCGCCGAAUACCUCCGCGAACGCGUUAUGUCGUGGUGUGACACCAGGCCAGGAAGGAUUCCCGUGGUAGUGGAGGGCCGUCACGUGCUCAGAAUCGAUGCGACCGUCGCCAAGAACCUCGCUCUGCUUCUCGCCGACUUGGAGGCAAGGGACCAGAGGCUGGUAUUUUGGAACUGGUGCGAGGAGGCGAAGAGGACUUUGACGAGCUACGACGCUUCCCUCCACGCGUCCUUCAGAAGUUCCGGCAGCGUGGGCCAAAUAUUUUCACCUAGAAACGCGCCACGCGAGUAAAGAGGGUCGCAGUCUGGCCGAUUGCACGUGUUACCGCAGUAUUCUCGACCGAUUCUCGUUUAAAGAGAAGAAGAGAGUGGCAAAUAUUUUAUUUGACGAUGGUUUUGAGAUUAGAUACUUCCUCCGUGGAACUUUGGUGAUUGCCUCAAUGAUCUAUUGAAAUUACGGGAUUCUUAUUAGGGAGGAAAUUGGAGACGAAUGCUAUUUCCAAUUACUGAACGCAUGUAUGAUUUUAUAGUUGAAGAAAGAUGUAGAAGGAGGAAAUAAUAAUCGAAGAGCAAUUUUCAUGUUCUGUGUAUUAUUGUAAUUUCAAUUUGAUUUACUUCAAUUUUCUUAUUUGCAUUCCAUACAGUUUCCUCUUUGCUACUUAAUGAAAUUUUGUUAUUUUAUUAUUUUAUUGAAGAUAAUUUUCACCAAAUUAUUACAUUUUUUAAAAUAUUUGACUAGUAUUUUGUGCUCAGGUGAUAGAUAGAUUUAUAUAUUAAAGGAUUAUUAAAGGAUAUCGAUUAUUAUAAUAAUCUUUCUAUUGGUAAAGUGGAACUUUAUUCGAAUGUUUCCAUGAAUACCCAUUAUUAGAAAGUUUCACAAGAGCAAUUUUCGUGACUAUGCGAUUCUGAUCGAAAAUUGCAAGCAUUUAUAUAGAGUUUUACCAUUAUAAAUAUGCGCGUGAAAAAUUAGUCGUCGAAAGAUACGAUUAAAUAGUAUAAUUUUAUUUAUUAUUCGUUUUAAUUCAUUUCUAUUUGAUUAAUUUUCUCUCAAUUAUUGAUAAUUAAUAUCUUAUUAUGUGAUAUUGUUUUUAAUAAAAUAGUGAGAUCUGAAAUAUUUAAUUAUCGUA